CAAAUUUAUCAGAUCAAAAAUUUUCUUUGUUUUUUCCUUUCUUCUUCACUACCACAUAUUCUCUCUUCUUACCAAAAAAAAAAAAGAUAAAAAAAAAUUAAUAUAAAAUCAAAAAGAUUAAAUUUUUAUAUAAAAUUAAAGGCUUAGAAACAAUCUUUUCUUAGCUGAACAAAUUUUGUAUUCAAAAUUGUUACAUAUUUGAUUGGAAAGAUUGGAAAGAGAAGAGAAAAGAGUGGGGACACCAAAGUUGGGGGGCAGAAUAUAGAGAAGGAAGAACAACGCCCUUCGUUCUACUAUUGCCCCCUCUUUAGAUCUUACUGUUUUCUCAUCUGGGUAUUCUUCAAUCGGUUGAUUCUUGAUUUGGGAAAAUGCAAUCUGAUCUUGGGAAGUUAUUCAUUGGUGGAAUUUCAUGGGACACAAAUGAAGAGCGUCUGAAGGAGUAUUUUAGUACUUAUGGGGAGGUUUUAGAGGCUGUAAUUAUGAAGGAUAGGACUACUGGACGUGCCCGUGGUUUUGGUUUUAUUGUCUUUGCUGAUCCUGCUGUUGCUGAUAGGGUAAUCAAGGAGAAACACAACAUUGAUGGCAGGAUGGUUGAAGCAAAGAAGGCUGUUCCUAGGGAUGACCAGAGCACAAUAAGUAGAAGCAGUCCUAGCAUUCAGGGUUCUCCUGGUCCAGGACGUACAAGAAAAAUAUUUGUUGGAGGUUUAGCAUCCACAGUAACUGAGACUGACUUUAAGGAGUACUUUGAGCAAUUCGGAACAAUCACAGAUGUAGUAGUUAUGUACGACCAUAACACUCAGAGACCAAGAGGCUUUGGGUUCAUAACUUAUGAUUCAGAGGAUGCAGUGGAUAAAGUAUUGCUUAAGCCCUUCCAUGAACUGAAUGGUAAAAUGGUCGAGGUCAAACGUGCAGUCCCCAAAGAGUUAUCACCAGGUCCAAGACUUGGCGGGUUCAACCAUCCAUUAAGUAGGAUCAAUAACUUCCUUAAUGGAUACACACAAGGAUACUCUCCGAAUACAGUUGCAGGAUAUGGAGUCAGGAUGGAUGGUAGAUUUAGCCCCAUUGCUGGAGGUAGGAGUGGUUUUGCUCCAUUUGGUUCUGGUUAUGGAAUGGGGCUUAACUUUGAACCAGGGUUAAGCCCAGGAUAUGGGGGAAGUGCAAACUUUAACAGCAACUUGAGCUAUGGACGGGGACUGAACCCUUAUUAUGUUAAUAGUUCAAGCAGAGUUGGUGGUCCUAUUGGAUUUGAUGGAGUAAAUGGAGGAAGUAGUUCAUUCUUCAGCUCAGCAACUCGGAAUUUGUGGGGAAGUGGGGGUUUGGGUUAUGGAACGAACUCCACAAGCUCUAGCACCUUUGCAGUAGCUGGAAAUGGGAACACCGGGGCUGGAAACUUUAGCAACACUGGAGUUUGGGGUUCAUCUUCAAUUUCCCCUCAAGGUAGAGGAAAUGUUUCUAACCAAAGUGGAAAUCUUGGUUAUGGGGGUGAUGAUAGUUUAUAUGGGUUGACUGGAGGCUAUGGAAGAAAUGUUACAUCAAGUGGGGCUCCUACCUCAUCAUAUCCUGCAUCUAAUGGUAGCUAUGAUGGGCCUUUAGCUGAUUUUUACAGUGGUGGUUUGGGAUAUAGUGAUUCCACUUGGCGCUCUGCAAAUUCUGAGCGAGAUGGAUCUGGUUCAAUUGGUUAUGGACUCGGCAAUGCACCCUCAGACAUGCCACCUAAAAAUUCUGCUAGUUAUGUUGGCAGUUAUGGUGUUGGUAAAAGACAGUCAAACAGCGCUGAUUCUAGCUGUUUCUGAUCUUGCUUCAUCCAGAUUUGGGAUUGGUGGCUAGGAGAAUAUUGGCAAGCAAGGGUGUUACAUUAGGUGAAACUUUGGUGUAGAAUUUGAAUCAUGAAUUUUGCAUACUUCUAUAGCUAUAUGAAGUUGAGGUGUUAAAGAAUUGGAUAUCCUUUUGUAGGGCUAACUGGAGUUGCUUGUUUUGAAGGUCUAGAGAUAGAAGUUUACAAGAUUUUGUGCUAAAGGGUUUUUUGUUUUGAGUUUAUGUCUUUAGGAGUUCCCCCUUUUUUGUUUUCCUUGAGUGAGGUGUAAAAUCAGAUUGCGGCAUAUAGUCAGAAAUGUAUCGUGCAUCUCUGGUGAGGCAACGAUACAUACAACAACAACAUAGACAGAAAGUUUUGCGUAAAAUCUUUAGAGUUAAAUGUUUUUUGCUGUAACGUUGCAGAUUCUCGUCUGGUAAUGUGUUUGUUCUGUAGUUUCCCUUAAAUGGGAUUUUCCUUUUUUUCAUUUGGAUGUAAGGGAGGUUGUUGAUUUAGUGUGAUACAUUUUAGGGAUACCCAUCUAGGGUCUCCUAAUGAAUAAUUUACUGCAUAUUGAUGCUAUUCACUUCACUUGUUCUAAAUUCUUAGUCAUUGAUAUUGUAACUUUUUAUCUGGAUGACUUCUAAACUUUACAUUA